GUAUCUGAGCUACCGCGAACAUUUCAGGACGCGCUCAGAGUCAGGGCUCGACUUGGACUCGACUAUCUUUGGAAUGGUCCCCUCUACAUUAUCCAGGGUGAUCCACAUGGUUGGGACACAGAAUCAGUUCGUAUGGGCUCAGUUUACGGUGAUGCAGAUGCCAUACUCGCAGCCUCGCAUGCCAGGAAUUCCGAACAGGGUCUCUUCUUUCCUCGGCCCAUA